GUUUUUGAUGCUGAAGGGAAGGAUGUGACACCUCAUCCCCUUUUCCAGGCAGACCCAAACACUGCUGCACCCAGACCAGCAGACACCAGCAGGGACUGCUGCAACAGGUUUGCACCACAGAGCAGAAAACGUCUCACUUGUUCUCCUCACAUUUCAGCUGUGCAGGUGAGGCAAGAAGAGAUGAAAGAAGCACUGACAGAAGCAGACUUGGAUCACAGAGUGGAUAUUUACCUCUCAGAGACAGACACAAUGUGGAUGUUGGAUAUGGCAUCUGUUAUGGUGUCUACAGAAGCAGAAGAUGCUGAGAGAGUUCUGGCGAGGAACAAGACUUACCUUGACCUUUGCGAAACUAAAUCUGGCAGUGAUCAAUUUAGAGAUAAAAUGUCGCAAACCCUCAAUGGAGCUGCCAAGAACAAGGAAGUGCAAUGUGAGACAAUCCUCAUGGAAGAGAAAGGGACGAUGGUCACUUCCUGGGACUUGGACAACUCCUUGAAUGCACUGAAAACAGAACCUACAUCAAGGGCAGAAGGGACAAGCAGCAAAUCUCCCAGAGCUAAAGACGACAACCAGACUGUGUUUGUCACUUCUGACAGAGAAAGUGCUGCUCCUGCCUGGAGCCAUGAAGCAGAGAAGUGCCAGACAGAAGUUAUCCUAACAUCAGAAAACUUCCAGCAGGAUUUAUUUGUCAUGGAGAGGAUCCUAAUGGAGAAUAUUUUUCAACCCAAACUUGCAGCUUAUCAGCAGUUUCCAGUCCUGAUAGACCCUGAUGUUACCUUAGACACUAGUGGUACAGCAGCAGCCAUGGAAGAAGCUGAAGAGGAAGAGCACGACAAGGAAAAGAAGGAUGAGGAAGAGCAGAAUGAAGCAUUCUUUAUGCCACCAGUUUUGCCACACCUCAAAAAAUGCCCAGGAGAACCUGUAGGUCCCAGACUGGACCGGCUGUGGGCAUACACGUGUGAUUUAACCCACAGUCACAGUGUGAGCAGCAUAGCCUGGAACAGAGUCAACCCUGAGCUUUUAGCUGUUGGUUACAGAGCAGUUGAUUUUAUGGAUCUGAAGAAAGGCUUGGCUUGCUGUUGGUCACUGAAGAACCCUAUGUGGCCGGAGCGUAUUUUCCAGUGUGAACAUGGUGUCACUGCCUUGGAUUUCUCCAAGGCAAGCCCAUAUCUCUUAGCAGUUGGAAUGUCCAAUGGAUCUGUCUCAAUCUAUGAUGUUCGGAGUCAGAAUGACAUCGCAAUGCUGGACAGCAGUGCAUCCUUAAAUAGACACAUAAGUCCCAUAUGGCAGCUGAGGUGGGUGGAACAGGACAGAAGUGCAACAGGAGGUGACAAAAGAGAGAGACUGAUGUGUAUCUCAGCUGAUGGUCGAAUAUCUGAGUGGCUCAUACAGCAAAGGCUGGAUUGCAUUGAUCUGAUGAAAUUAAGGCGAACAGAAAGGGAGAAGAAAAAAUUACCAGGUGAGAAAGAAGGAAAAAGUGAAGCUCCAAUAUCUCAACAGGCAGCUGGAAUGUGCUUUGAUUUCCAUCCAAAGGACACCGAUAUCUAUCUUGCUGGAACAGAUGAGGGCCACAUCCUCCAGUGCUCUUGCUCAGGCAAGGAGCAGAUUCUGGGCACAUACAGAGGCCACAAGGGUCCUGUGUACAAAGUCUCUUGGAAUCCAUCCAGCACUGACAUGUUCCUGAGCUGCUCUGCAGACUGGAGCACCAUUUUAUGGCACCAGCACUCAGAGACACCUAUCCUAACUUUCAGUUCUGCCACAGCUUUUGUCCAUGACAUUAUGUGGUCUCCAAAAUCAGCUUUCAUCUUUGCAGCAGUGAAUGAGAGGAGAGUGGAAAUUUGGGAUCUGAGCGUCAGCAUCUUCAACCCUGUGAUCUCUCGCUCUGUCAGUCCAAAAGCCAAACUCACAUCAGUCCUCUUUGCCAAGAACACUGACUGCCUGCUUGUGGGAGACAGCUCUGGGAAAGUGGGUGUGUGGCAGCUGCAGGACCUGGAUGCUCCCAGCAGCAAUAAGGUUGGUACCUUACAGGACAUCUUUGGUCCUGCUGGAGCUGUGUAA